CAGACCGUUCCCCGGAUGAAACCGAGUUGUUAUGACAACCACGGUACAGCAGUAAAGCGAAAGUACCGUUGCGUGCAUUAAACAUUUGAAGCGUUUCACUCAUGGACGCGGGAGCCAACACGUACCUCAUUAGACCGAAUUAUAAAGACAAGUUCAAGGCAGGAGCGGUGAGAGAGUGCGUCAGAGAGAUCCUGAGGGAGCAGCUGUAUGGAGUGCAGUACAAUCCCGACGAGGUUCCCACAUUAACCACAUCUUUAGCGGACUCCAUUAAAAACAAGCUCAGAGACAUGGGCUUUGACCGAUACAAGCUCAUCGUGCAGGUGGUGGUCGGAGAGCAGCGUGGAGAAGGAGUCAAGAUGGCUGCGCGCUGCUUCUGGGAUGCAGAUACAGACAGCUAUGCUCAAGAAAUAUUUAUGAAUGACAGCUUGUUCUGUGUGGCCGCUGUGUUUGGUGUGUAUUAUUACUGAAGACACACACACACAGGAGAUGUGCUGAGGACCAGACAUACACAGAUGUGAUAUUUAACACCAUCACAAUUAUUUAGUAUCGAUCGCAUCCAUGUUUGAUCGUCUGAAUACCUCGCUGUAUGAUUGUUCCUACAGUGCAGUAUAUUGUCAAAGUUGUUAUUUUCCCCUUAAUAAAUAUUUAUAUAAAAUCA